UGAUGCAAUUGCGGCUCCGCCUUCUCGCCUCUGCCUCUCUCAGGAAGGGAGCUGUCGCUGCAGCACAGAGCCACACUCUCCAUUCUCUCCCUGCUGCAGCACAGACAGCCACACUCUCCAUUCUCUCCCUGCUGCAGCACAGACAGCCACACUCUCACACUCACUCCCUGCUGCAGCACAGACAGCCACACUCACACUCUCCAUUCUCUCCCUGCUGCAGCACAGACAGCCACAACGCUCACACUCUCCAUCCUCUCCCUGCUGCAGCACAGACAGCCAAACUCUCACACUCUCCAUUCUCUCCCUGCUGCAGCACAGACAGCCACAACGCUCACACUCUCCAUCCUCUCCCUGCUGCAGCACAGACAGCCAAACUCUCACACUCUCCAUCCUCUCCCUGCUGCAGCACAGACAGCCACAACUCUCACACUCUCCACUCUCUUCCUGCUGCAGCACAGACAGCCACACUCUCACACUCUCUCCUUGCUGCAGUACAGAGCCACAACUUCCACACUUACUCCCUGCUGCAGCACAGAGCCACAACUCUCACACUCUCACACUCACUCUCUGCUCCAGCACAGACAGAGCCACACUCUCACACUCUCUUCCUGCUACAUCACAGACCCACGCUCUCACACUCACUCCCUGCUGCAGCACAGACAGAGUCACACUCUCCACUCUCUUCCUGCUGCAGCACAGAGCCACAACUCUCACACUCACUCCCUGCUGCAGCACAGACAGAGCCACAACUCUCACACUCUCCACUCUCUUCCUGCUGCAGCACAGAGCCACAGCCACAACUUCCACACUCUCUUCCUGCUGCAGCACAGAGCCACAACUCUCACACUCACUCCCUGCUGCAGCACAGAGCCACAACGCUCACACUCACUCCCUGCUGGAGGCACAGAAAGAGCCACAGCUCACUCACUCACUCCCUGCCUGCUGCUGCAUCAUCCCCUGCCUCGCCACAACGCGACCCAGUCCCAGGGAACCUCUCCAGCAGCUGGGCCGAAUCCCGCCGACGCCAUGAGCGGAUACAGCGUGACCCUGGAAGGACAGCCGCCCUGGGGCUUCCGUCUCCAGGGAGGCAAGGACUUCAAUAUGCCUCUCACCGUCUCACGGGUGACCGCCGGCAGCAAGUCCGCGCUGGCGAACAUGAGCUCGGGCGACGUGGUGACGGCCAUCGACGGGGUGAGCACGGCCGGGAUGACGCACCUGGAGGCCCAGAACAAGAUCAAGGCGAGCAUCGGGAAUCUGAAGCUCGGCUUGCAGAGGGGUAAGAGACCAGCCCCCGUGCCCACCGCCACCCCCGUCAUCGAGAGCGCCCCCAUCGUCGUGCCUCACCAGAAGACCAAGGUCUACAACUCCCCUGCGGGUCUGUACGCGGGCGAGGCGGCAGAGGGCCAGAGGCGAGGCACUUGGGAGGAGAAGCAAGAUGGCGGCCCGCCCAAGGAGGUGGUGGUGGACACGAGCACGCCCGUGUUCCAGGCGGUGGCGCGCCGGGAGGCGACGGCGCGUGGGGACGGCCCCAGCACUGCCGACGAGGACUGGGCCAACAAGAACAGCACCGCACAGUCGCGCUCCUUCAAGAUCCUCGCGCAGAUCACCGGCACACACGACGAGGAGGCUGGUGAACUGGAGCCCGUGGAAAUGACCAGCCACGGCCGCUCCUCCCGCGCAAAGAAGCACAGGUCGCGCAAAUCCCGGGCCAACGACGCCACCAGCAGCGACGCGGACGAUCGGAAACCGCCGCGGAACUCGAGGAAGGGCGACGUGCCCGUCAACGGGCCCCGGGCCCCCGACGCCAGCGCCGCCAGCGCCAAGCGGUCGCGCGUCGCCAACAAGGGGCACUCGGUGCGGUUCGACGAGAGCAGCAAGGGAUCCGUCGCGGACGCGGCAAGCACCGGAGCGCAGGAACAGCAGCAGCAGCAGCAGAAACAGCAGCAGCAGAAGGCGCCGAAAGAGAAGCCCAAUGGGCCUGUGACGAAGCCUGUGGCCUACCCUCGUCCCGCGAACUCGUCCGUGUCCGCGUCUCCGAUCCGGCACGUGGAGCCAUCCCGCCGCCGCUCGUCGGCAGCCUCCUCGCUGUCGGCCUGGGGGGCCGCCCACCCCUCCUGCUCCUUCUCCUUGUCGUUGGGCGCCAAGCCGUCGGUCGCGUACCCCUUCUCCGCCUCCGCGGCCUCGCCCCCGUCGCGUUCCUCCACACCUGCUCCUUCUCCUCCUGCUGCUGUUCCACCUCCUCCUCCUCUUCUACUUCCCGGUGAUGGAGCAUCUCUGGCUCCCAGGAGCCUUGUGGGCGCUGCCCCGCAAUGCCCCCCCGCCUCCUCCUCCGCGCAGCCUCUCUCCCUCGCUUCCUCCAACUCCCCCGUGAGCCGGACGGCACAGAGCUCCACCGUAAGGACAAACUCGUCGGUUUCAUCUCGGGCUGUGACUGGCUCGCAGCUGGCUAGCGCGCGUGCUACGAUCCGGGCUGCCCUAUCCGGCCAGAGCGGGCUUCCCAAUGGGCCUCCUUCGCCACCACGGCCCCAGUCGGCGCUCGAAGCGCUUCAUCUCUCGCCGUCGUUUGGGCCUCCGCGAGUUCUGCCCAGAACCGCUGCUCCUUCGCCACGUUACGGUGCCCACACCCCUGGGCUCAGCAGGGACGAGCCUGUUCCCGUUGCCACGGCGACCAUGUCGGUGAAGACGUCGACUCGGAAGCCCCCCGGGGCCACGACGGGGCCCCCCAAAUCGACGGCCGAGCCCAUGGGCCCCCCGCCGCCCUCCGUCAAGGCGCACACCGCUCCCCCGCAGGUCGUUAAAACCGCAGGGCUGUCGUGGACGCCCAACGGGGCCUCGGCCCGCCCCCCCCUCUCCUCCUCCGGGGCGGCGGCGGCGGCGGGCCCAGCCGUCGCCGCCGCCGGCUUCGGCAUCCAGGCCAAGACCAAGGGCCCCACGGCAGGCGCCCAGGAGGGCGUCGCCGCCAAGGUGGGCUCGGCGGGCGGCGGUGGGGCCGGCGGCGGCGGCGGCGGCGGCAUGCAGGCCGGGUGGGGGGCGCCCGGCAGCGGCCUCCUCGUGCAGAGGGCCGAGCACGUGCCCGAGGCCCUGCGCGCGCCGUUCUGCAACAAGUGCAACAACAUCAUCCGAGGCCCGUUUAUAGUUGCACUGGGCCGAUCGUGGCACAAGGAUCACUUUAACUGCUGCCAUUGCAACUCGUGCCUGGCCGACACGGGCUUCGUGGUGGAGGCGGGCAAGGUGUACUGCCAGGGCUGCUACGGAAUGUUCUUUGCACCCCCGUGUGGCAAGUGCAGCCAGAAGAUCGUCGGGGAGAUCACGUACGCACUCAAGCAGGCCUGGCACUCCAACUGCUUCGUGUGCGCGUGCUGCAGCCAGCCCAUCGGCCAAGGCGUCUUCCACAUGGAGGAUGGAGAUCCCUACUGCGAGAAGGACUUCUUCAGGCUGUUCAGCACCAAGUGCGAGGGCUGCGACUUCCCCGUGGAGGCCGGCGACCGCUACGUGGAGGCCCUGGGCCACACGUGGCAUGACACGUGCUUCGUGUGCACCGUGUGCCAGGUGAACCUGGAAGGGCAACCCUUUUACUCCAAGAAGAAUAAGCCCCUCUGCAAGAAGCACGCCAACUCCAUCAACAUCUGAGCGACGCGCGGCCCGCCCGCCCUUCCCGCGGGAAGCACGAUGGCUGGGUUUUGGUGGAGGGGGGG